AUGGCGACCGCCAAGCCUAGAAUUCCCUGCAAGCCCGUCAUGGUCGCCCGCUCUGAUGGAGCGACCACCUUCACUGUGAGGAAUGGACAGGCACCUGAACCCAAUGAACCAACGAGAGAACAGAAAAUCAAUACCCCAUCAGCUGAUGGCUCCGUUGAUUAUUACCGCCCUGUCCAACCAGAUGGUGAUAAAGACCUCGACUGGCGACGAAAGCUGGGCCAGUGGCUUGUCUUAGCAUUUGACUCGAAGAAUGAGCACAAAGACACACAAUUCAUUCUGUCCCGUUUCCCAGAAAAUUAUACUCUGUGGGAACAUGUCAGGGUGGAUGCAACUGGUGCGCGGAGAACAGAUGGCUACUUAUAUGGUCAUCCAGAUGGCAGAAGUAGUCGCUUCCGCAGUCCAGCGGAGUUCUUUGAACAUCUGGCAUGGCUCGCAACACCCCUGCCAAAGGGCAGAUGCAUCUGCAAGAUAUGCGCGGGCAAAGGAGGCGAGACUCAAGAUGAUGGCACGGGAGUUGCAGUAAAAGAAACAAAGCCAGCUCAUCAAAAUCAAGCUCAAACUCAAACUCAAACUCAGAUGAAGCCCACAAAUACAAUGCCUUCAGCGGCCAGAGGUGUGUCAACAACAUCAACCCGGGCCCCUACUGGCCCAAGUCUGGAGCAGAGACUUGACAGUGAGCCAAAUGGCAAAUAUCUGUAUCGUCCAGGUGAACUGGUUUGGUACAACAAGACCAAAGACACUUGGGGUCUUGCUGUAAUAUCCAUGCGCCAAAUCAAGGACGAUUCUCCAAGAUAUCUCGUGCAGCCUUUGUCUCACCCCUUCAGCCAUCCACCUGCUCAUAUUAAGGAUCAAGAAAACGAUCUUAGGCCUUGGCUAGCUUGGAGUGUUCCCACUCUCGGCUAUAGCAAGCUUCAGGGUUGCACAUACGACCAAGUUAAUUGGGAGGAGGUCAUCGUCAACUAUCCUGCAGACCCUGUCGUUGAUGGCAGUAUCCUAGCUGCGAAGGUCAUCGAUUCUAGCUAUUCCUUGUUUGAACAAGACGAGAAUGCCUUAGCCAACCAAGGCGAGAGGUGUUACAAGGGGAUCUACCUUGGCGCAGAGAAGAUCUGGGUUGGUGAGCCUGUUCGCCUUCGUAGUCUAGGCGAUGAUAUUCUUGUCCUAGUGAUCAAGAAGAUCAUCGAACGCAUGACAUCUCCAACAACAUCCAACGUAACAUUUGUUGGCGAUGUUUGGAAGUUUGUCAAGGUCCAUACCCCUAUCAAAGAUCUAGACCUCCCAGCUCGGAUGAUACAUGAUCUCAACUGGCGCAACAGAGUCGAAGGGGCUGCGCAGAAGGGAAUCUGGAACGAAUGGAGAAUAAUGGAGCCAAAUGCCCGAAGAACACUAGGAGAUGUGAAAGGAAGAUGGUACGAGACCCAGGCAUUAUUGCGAGUUUUGCGGGGCCCUGCGACCUUUGAGAACGAACUUGCUAGAGGCAUUACCGGUGAUGCGGGUCUGUGGAUGAAUGGUAGAGGAGAUUUCAACGAGACCGGCGACUUGAGACAGCAGGACAGGGAGUCCACCUUCGGGAGGGCUGUGCCAGCAGGCUUCAGAGUCAGUCGAGGCUUGGAUGAUUCAGCUGGUGAUCGGUUCCCGGAUUACUUGGAUCAGAAUACUGGCAUUUAUCAUUGA